ACGCAAUUAUUAGCCAUUCGUUUUUCAAGAUUCUUUGGUGAAGGAGUGAGAGAAAUCUCGGCUUGUUAAAAAGCCAAAUGUCCGUCACUUUUUCAUCUGUGGUUGUCCCUGUAAUUCGCCAACAUUCCGUCGUUUAAGAAUACCCGUGUUAGUUCGACUGAACUGUCAGUCCAGGGUGGACAUUGUAACAAGUACUGGAGCACUGAGCCAGGUGGAGCUCUCUACCGACCGAGACCAGCUAGACGUUAACUUUGAGCCCGAGUGGGAGCCCAGCUGAUAUUUACUGAGAUUAGUCUGGUUCCAGUUUGCUGUCCUCCUUCGAAUUUCCUAACAUACCUCCUGACUUGGCCUCACACAUUGGACUAUUUAGCUACCUAUUUUGCUCAGCAUUCUUAAAGGAACUCUUUUAUAAUAAUGGAACAACUUAGUGCUGACAGUUUUAGGACCGAGCUUUAUGAUAGCUCAGAGAUGACUCUCAAGGAUAUCAUUGAAUCCAAGAUCAACGAUCCCACGAUGCGAGAGGAUGCGGAUGAUGCCUUUUUCAUCGGUGAUCUUGGCGAUAUCAUCCAGAAGCAUCGCAAGUGGCUCCGAAACCUUCCCCGAGUGGAGCCCCAUUACAGCGUGAAAUGCAAUCCAGAUCUUCAUGUACUGAAGCUUCUGUCGGGCCUCAACUUGGGUUUUGAUUGUGCCAGCAAGAAUGAAAUCCAGCAGGUUCUCAAGAUUGGUGUGUCUCCAUCCCGCAUCAUCUUUGCUAACCCCUGCAAGCAGCGCUCUCAUCUCAAGUACGCGGCCGAUAACGAUGUCCGUCUCAUGACGAUCGACAACGAGGCAGAGCUCAUCAAGAUCAAGAAGAUCUUUCCCCAUGCCAAGCUUGUGCUUCGUAUCCUAACGGAUGAUUCCACCGCCCAGUGUCAACUGGGUCUUAAGUUUGGCUGUCACCCCCGCCACGCCCCUGCUCUGCUCCGCUUUGCCCAAGACUUGGAGCUUGAUGUUGUUGGAGUAAGCUUCCAUGUUGGCAGUGGAUGUCGCGACCCCAUGACCUACGUAGAUUCGAUCCGCAAUUCCAAGGAGCUCUUUGACUUCGGCAAUGACCUUGGAUUUAAGAUGAACCUCCUAGACAUUGGAGGGGGCUUCCCCGGCCAGGAAUCUGCACCAAUCAAAUUUGAGGAGUUUGCUACUGUCAUCAACCAAGCCCUCGCAGAGAACUUUCCUGUUGGUUGUGGAGUGCGUGUGAUCGCAGAGCCUGGUCGCUUCUACGUCGCCUCUGCCUUCACCUUGGCUGUCAACAUCACCGCCAAGCGUAUGGUAGCCCGAGACGUCCCAACCUAUCAAGUCCCUGAAAGUAAAGAUCUUGUGGCGAACACCGUGGCUCCGUCCAAGUGCGAUGAGCCUGCCUUCAUGUACUAUGUCAAUGAUGGUGUCUAUGGCUCAUUCAACUGUCUCCUCUUCGACCAUGCUGAAGUAGAGGCCCAACUCCUCAAGGAGCGCGAUGGGGAUGUGCAGAUGUACUCUACCAGUGUUUGGGGGCCAUCCUGCGAUGGUAUUGAUCGCAUCAUUGAGAACCAUCUCAUGCCUGAACUGGAGGUCGGGGAGUGGCUCAUCUUCCAAGACAUGGGAGCCUACACCAUGUGUGCCAGCUCAGAUUCAAUCAACGGUUUCAAUCGCAUCCAUUGGAUACUUCAUCAUCUCAAAGGAAUAUCUAUCCAUUGUAGAGCAGAUUACUGGCAAGCCCAAGCCACCACGUAACAGCUGCAAGGCCUCCUACAAGCAGCUGGCCACUUCUCCCCCGAGAAGAGGCUUCUUUGAGUUUGAUGAAAGCAGCUGCCUGAUGGAUCCCCCAGACCCCCUCUACAACGGCAUCUGUGGCCUGAUGGAUGGGGGCGCCUGCCGGGAAAUCGCUGCAGAGAUCUGACAGCGACUCUCAAGGUCCCCCAGACCCGCUCUACAACGCCACCCAAGAUACUCAACAUGUGUUACAUUCUACCCUUAUUAAACGAUUCCGUAAUGGUUGUUCCGUAACGAAAGUACGUUUAAGCUGAUAUUAUUCUGUAUGGUCAUGUUCUAUAAUCGCAUGCACUUGUGUGUUAUAUAGCCGUCGUAGUUUAAGGAUCAGUUGUGAUUAGCUCCUUUAAGAAUGCUUGAUUUGAUGUGCUUUAUUUACUCCUGUAUAUCGAGUGAUCAUCCUAUGUCAUUUAGCUAUGCUCACAAAGAGAGUAAUCACCAAGAUAUGUUACAUGCUCCCUAGUGUGUAACACAUUUUGAAAAACCACUCACUUUCUGAACAUGAGGUUAUUAGGUAGUCCAUUUCUUCAUUAUCUUAUGUAUAAACUGGAACAGUAUUUGUAGUGGUAUGCUAAGUAAGGUAGUGAUUGUACUGUUCAUUAACUGCAGCUUACAUUGUAAAUUGUGUCUUCGCUAUAUUUCAUCAGUAGGACUGGUAAUUUGAUUUAUAUUUUGAUUUUGUGAUUGUUUUAUGGAAGAUAUAUAUAUACGAAGGAUGCUAUCAAAAUUAAGUGCCAUGAAAGAAAGCAUUUCAUGUUACUUUUUCGGGUGUACAUUUAAAGUGCCAAAGCACUUUAACUCAUGUAAUAUUGCAAGGAAAAGUAAAAACAGAAUUUAGGUCUUAUUUCUGGCAACUGCCAAAGCUAGCAAACACUGCUGCUCUGAAGUAAAGCAGUGGAGAAUUGUUUCAAAUUUCUAUUCAAAAUAGUGAAGCAUGUUAGGUUUGACCAGUUUUUAUAAAGGUCAAUAAGCCUUCAAGGCCUAUUGCUUUAUUUGGAAAAAAUGUAUGGUGUGGACAUCAAAGAGCUUGAAUUUAAGAGAGCUAUUUUCAUUUUCUGUUUGAAAUUUACUCAUCCUAGCAUAUUUGCCAAGAAAAUAAACAGUUGAUAUGCAGUCCAGGUUUGUAUAUUGUUGUGUUAAGAAAUCAAUAGGUGUUUGCUGUAGAAUAACUUAAAUUGUUUUCUUUCAUUCACUAAGAAUUUAAAUCUUUUGAUUAUAUGGCUUCUAAAUGAUGGCUAAAUGAGGAAGUACCAGAAUGACCAUUGAAAAUUGUAUUGGUCAAUUUGAUUUUCUCAUGUAUACAUCACUCUUUAAGGUGUGUUGUAAAAUAAAAUUAUCUUUCUAAAAUUAUAAUAAUGUUAAGGUGGUCAGUAUUAUUGAAUAAUUGAAUGAAUACACGGAAGCCAAAAUAAAUUCAAGAAUGAUUAUUUAUAUGAUUGCUGCAAAACUGAUGGCUAAAUAUUUCAUCGUUUAUGUUUACCUAUCUGAUUUGUUGUUGAUGCUCUUGUAUAAACAUUGGGUUAGCUAUUAAAGUUGUAGGUAAUGUUCUUUUUUGUUGUUGGUGUCACGCACUUCCAUCUACAGAAACUGUUUUUAUUCUAAAACAAUACAGUGGAUAUCAUUCUAAUUUUACCAGUGAUUGCAUUUGUAGAGGUGUUGUGGUCUUGUGGAUAAGACACUCAACUGCAGAUCACAAGGUACAGGGUUCAAAUCCCAGCCCAACACUAAUGUCCUUUGGCAAGACUUAAUUUACAUUUGCCACUCUCCACCCAGGUGUUAAAUGGGUACCCGGUAAGAUGCGAAAGUUAAUGUAGUUGGAUGAGCAAGUGUGCGCUUGUAAAAUGGCGACUGGCUGGAAUGCUCCCCAGGGAGUGAAGAAUGUGCAUGCAUUGUGUGCUGGUAUGCCUGAAUCUGAUGACCGGGGCAAUAAUAUAUCUGUAAAGUGCUUAGACACAUCGUUGUAUCGAUGUAUUGGGCGCUAUAUAAAAGCGGAAUAUUAUUAUUAUUAUUUGUAAAAGUAUAACACGGUGAGUGCAUUUUUAACUAAAGCCCUGUAAUUGAGUCAAAUGUCAUGUGUCAAAUGUCAUGUCCAUAAUGGACAUCUUUCAAAUGAAUAAAAAUGGAAUCCCUUCAGCAUUACCAGCUCGUUUUGCAAAAAGAAAUAUCUUCCCGUGCACUAGAUAAAUAUAUAGCUUGCAAUCAAAUUAAACAUGGCAGCACUGAUUACAUAUUUAUCACCGUUUCUUGAUAUUUUUCCAAAUACAUGUAAUUACAAUCUAAAAAAGAAGUACAAAUCAAUUUAAGUACCGGUAGCUGUACAAACGUGACCAUUUUUGAGGUUGAUCACAAAUAUCUUUGCUUCAUCCUCUUUAUUUAUUAACAAGACAAUUAGACUUUGCUAAUGCAUGAAAAACUUCACUUUGUAUUUACUAAUCCCUAUUCACAUGUAACCUUGUAUCAUAGGGAUGAUAUUUGCCAUUUGCUUAUAUUGUGGUGAUUCACAGGUUCGGCUCCAUUCUAAUUUUUAUCAAUAUGAUACACAUGUUGGAGAGUUUAUUAUAAGUAAUCGUGCUAGCUCAUGUUAUUUCAUUUUUGGUUGUUGAUUGUUUGGCAGACACUUUAUAGUCGAUUACAGGUCAUUUAUUACAAUAAAAUGCUGGCUAAAUUUAGAGGAA